CCUCCUGUAACUACCGCGUGUGGGAAUACCGUCGAAUCAACAAUUGCGGCUGCGGGGGAUUUGUUUGUCGAGAAGUUAUUUCGGCGAAAUCGGCAAUACGAAGUUGUGAAUGCGAUGAAGUGAAUAAAGUGCCCGAGAGGGGAGCUUGAAUCAAAAAUUCUAUCACGAUGUGCGGCUCACAUGAGCGAAACAUAACAUUUUAAUUUAUAAUGUAAACAAAAUUUUUCUCCAAUAAAUUCAUUUCGCAUCGUCGAUGAGAUGUUGCACGAGGAUACAAACCCUGGUUUGUUUUUGUGAUCAUGUGUUCAGAAGUUCAUCAUGGAGAAUAGCACGGAGGCGGGAGACUGCGUGAAGUAGAUGCCCUCCAGCUAGCGAUGAUCCGCCCGUUUGCCACGGUUAACGCUUCACUGGGGGUUAUAGUGCAAAUGAUGCUAGGCAGUGUUCGCCGCCGCAACUCGUCAUCAGCAAGUACCCAACGCCACCGCCACCACCGGGGCAACCUUGACACGAUGUGUUUACCGUAAAAGCAGAGUACGGUCGUAAGUGAAAAUUAUGAUGUAAAGAGAACAGCCAAACAAAAACAAAUACUACAAAUUCUGGGCAGGCGAGCUCCGCCACGCGGACCGGCCGAGCUGUGUGCUCCCAUAAGUGUAAAUAGGAAACCGAGAAAUGAGCCGGCAAACAAAGUGCGAAACUUCUCCAGGUAUCUCCGAACCAAAACGGUGGCAGCAGCUCCUCGGAAAGUUCGCGGAACGUAUCGUUGUUGGUGUUGUUGUUGGGAGUAUGCGAGCAGCCGUGUGAAAAGUGCAAUACCCUCAGGCCUCAGGUGGAACGCGCGAACUCAGCGAGCAGUGAUUUGGCGGAACGUGCAGAGCAGUAUCCCCAGUGUUGGGAUUUGAAAUAUGGCCGAGAAAUGGCGCAUGGCUAUCAUGCGAAUCCGGAAAGGCUUGGCUAUAAAAAAUGCAGAAGACAACGGGCCUACGAAAAAAGACCCAGCUAGCUCUGAUACGCUUUUCGAUGGGGAACAGCCAAGUCUAGAGGAGAUCCGAAGCUGGGGCAAAAACUUCGACAAGCUGAUGCGGAGUCCUAGCGGGCGAAAGGCAUUCCGAGAGUUCCUGCGCUGCGAAUAUAGCGAGGAAAACAUCCUCUUCUGGCUGGCCUGUGAAGAGCUCAAGAAGGAAACCAACCCCGAGGCGAUAGAGGAGAAAGCUAGGUUUAUCUACGAAGAUUAUAUAUCGAUUUUAUCACCAAAAGAGGUGUCGUUAGAUUCCCGAGUACGGGAAAUAGUUAAUAGGAAUAUGGUGGAACCCACACCGCACACAUUUGACGAAGCUCAACUACAAAUUUAUACACUUAUGCAUAGAGAUUCGUAUCCGAGAUUUAUAAACUCACCACAAUUCAAAACCCUGGCACAAAUACCCGAUGGAGUAUCGGCGUCUGGUUCCACGGCGGAAAGUCCUAGUAAUUAGGGUGAGGCGGCGGCGAUUCGGGCCACAGCUGACGGGCCCAGCUUGGGGGAGCAGUGGACAACGGACAGAAAUGUAAUUUAUUUAAAUCUAACGUUACGCGGUAAUUAAUUGACGGUAUAGGAUGGGUCACGACACAGCAUCAUGCAUGGAAGCUCUAAAAUCCGAAGUGAAAUCAACAUAUUAACAAGCAUUAAUCGAAGUUUUAAACAAUAAACACGAGGCGGAACUUGAAUGCGAUCAUGAGAAUAAUGCGACCCAUAUAGAUAACUAUGGUUAGUUAAUAAAAAUUAAAGAACGCAGAUAAAAUUGUUGAAAAAAAAAAAGAAACAACAAAAAAGGCAAAUAAAUUAAAAUUUUAUAUAAACAUUAUACAACAUGACGAAAAUGGAUCGAAAUAGUGUUCCCUCCGAGAGGUUAGGAGCCGUUAGGAGGGAGAAUUACAGAUAUGAUAAAUGUAAUUCACUGAUCAUUUUAGCAUUAUUGUAAAUUAUAGAUGGACGUUGAUAAAACAAUUGAAAACACACAUAAUAAAAUGAAAUGAAAUAACCCCAAGCAGAGAGCAGAGAGCAUAAACGAUGUAAUCAAUAGCCAAAAAAAAGAGAAGACAAAUUAUAUAUACAUAUACAUAAAUAUAACAAGAGACGUUGACAGGAUUUCAGUUUUAUACUAAGAAACAAACGACAAUGAAGCUAAGGGAAAUUAUUUCUCCUUACACCUUACCACUAUUUACCUUGAAAGUUCUUAUUUUCAUUCAUUUCGGGUUAAAGAUUCAACUUUUUAGACUACAGAAAACUUAUCACACGAAAAAGGAACACAUCAGAACACUAUGGAAUCCACUCUCUCGAGUCAUGCGCACCCACAGAUUUAAAGAGCCAUUAUUUUCACCCGAACGAGAUCGUCAGAGGAAAUAUCCAUUAUCAGGCGUUGUCGAACGUUAGAAUGAACACUUUAUGUGUAACGAGCAGCACAAAUUUACACCUAAGACCUUAUUAGAUGAGAGUUUAUCUAACUACCUAUCGGAACCUUUAGCGGAAACAAAUACAAAUAGUGAAAGGGGGAAGAAUCGCUUCGAAGCAGUCUGUGUUCUGUCGAAACCUUUAAGUAUUACCGGCGGUUUUUUCCUCAAACUCCCUGUAGGCCUGGAAAUGACCACACCGUUUAUGGCGGCAUAGAUUUGCUGACUGUUGAAAGUUCUCUAUUUUUGAUACAAACUGUGAAUUGUUACGUUCGUUUAGUUUUUAUUCCAAUGUUGAUUAGCUCAAUUUUCAAAUCUAUCUAUACUUUUUUGUUAUACUUAAAUGAAGGCCUAUUCGAUUUUAUAGAACGCGCUCUAUUGUUAAAUAUAUGAAACAAAAAAAAACAGAACAUCAAACAGUCAAAUAUUCUAGUCAAAAAUAUCAUUGGUGCGCAGUAGGAACAAGUAUGUAUUGUUUUAGGAAUAACCGAUUAGCAGACAUCGUCCUGAAAACGAGGAAAAUACAAGAAGGGAGAGAGAGAGAGAGGAACAAGUACGAAGUCGCCAUUUAAUUCCACUAGUUUAUGGCAAGAUUCCAGACCGAAACGUACACUAAUAUGAAGUUCGACAGAAAAGGAUUCUGUCUUUAAAUGUCUAAUAAGUACUUCUCUCCGCUCUUUUUUAUUGUAUUUGCUGGUAUUACAUUAGCCAAUUGCUCCCCAACGAAACCAACGAAUAAUACGUAAAAAGCAUCCUUCAUACCCGUAAGAGUGUAGCUCGGGUUCGAAAUGUUCGUGUAUCUCAUAUUUAUGUGCAAUCAACAAUAUUUAUAUUGAUUUUUAACAGAAAGUUUCAGUCAAAAGUAGGAUUUUUUUCAUCCUUCCAAACAUGCAAAAUUCCUAUGCGGAUCAUAAAAAAAAUAUUAUUUAUACCAUUUCUUUGGACUACAGCAAAGUUUUUGCCGAAGAUUUGACAUCAGUAUUCUUACUGAAAAUAAUGUUUAUAUUUUUUAAAACUAUUUUUUUUUCAAAUAUUUCAACAAUUUUAUAAGACGAGUUAAUACAAUCCCAUUGAAUUCCACCACUUAAUUGUAUCAUGACAGAUACGUAUUUCGACCUCAACAGUAAGGCCGUCUUCAGUGUCUCGAAGAAGACAUUCCACUAAAAAUAAUUUUCUAACAAUUUUAUGUUGGUAUAGACACAUUUUGGAGCGAGUUGUUGGUAACAUGUUGGAUUAGACUUUCUUGAGCGAGAGACAUCCAAUGCGGAUUUUCAAAAUGUGUUACGAAUAUAACAUAGAACACAUAGAAAAAAGGUGCCGUGCCCAUUCGCCAGUUUGGAAACGAUCUCAUCCCAAGUUUGACGCAUUGUUGCUUUUUAACCCUCUAACGUCCAAGACCGCCUUCAAACGAGGUACUC